AUGUUGUUUAAAAGUAUUAGUACGAUUCGUCCUUUUUCUUGGAAUUUUUUGGUUCAAAAUAGAGUAAAUACUAAUAAAAUGUUAAAAUCGGUGACCACUCGAUUUUAUUCUCAAGCACGUUUAUCAAAAGAAGAGAUUGAAUCAAGGAUUAUAGAUAUUGUUAAAGGUUUUGACAAAAUUACUGAUCCGUCAAAAAUUACACCUACAUCAAGUUUUUCUGCUGAUCUUGGAUUGGAUAGUUUAGAUACUGUUGAAGUCGUUAUGGCGAUUGAAGAGGCUUUUAAUAUAGAAAUUCCAGAUAAAGAAGCUGAUGAAAUAAGAACUAUUGGAGAAGCAAUAACAUAUAUUUCUAAUCAUCCAGAUGCUUGUUGA